CGGGCAGGCAGCCAUCUCCGUCUUCUCCGCGCUCUCCAUCCUCGGCGGGCGGGUGGGAGGGGCGAGUCGACGACCAGCACGCGCGCGCGUCCAGCGCAACCGCGUCACGGAACCCUAGCGUCGCCUCGUUCGCUGCCCAACUCUCCUCCAGACUCCAGUGCACAGGUCUCCAUCACGGGGAAUUCUCAUAUAGCAAGUCGUCGUCCUCGUCCUCGUCCUCGUCCUCUCCUCCGGUGGGUGGAUCGGCCAUCGCGCCGGGCCGGGCGGGCAUACCUACGUACACACUCCCCGGUUCCCGUCCCCGUCCCCGUCCCGCAUUCGAUUGGUUCCUUCGUCUUCGUCUGCCGAUUAUCAGAAUGCCUCGAGGACAAGGCUCUUCUGUGUCAACCCGUGAGAAUCCCAAAGUUGAUCGGGCAACUGAUUCAAAUGAUGACAGCCGCAAGAAUAGGAGGGGUGCUUAUUUGCUACUGGGAUUGCUGAUAGUGUUCCUUCAUGGAUCAUGGUCUGUUUAUCAGAUCCAGUUUGGAAGCCUUCCUUUGCCCCUUGAUGCUGAGCAGGCUGGAAAGAGGGGUUUCUCGGAAGCUUCGGCGCUGAAGCAUGUAAAGUAUUUGACAGGCUUGGGUCCUCACCCAGUCGGUUCAGAUCCCCUCGAUCAUGCUAUUCAGUAUGUAUAUGCAGUAGCAGAAAAAAUAAAGAAGACAGCUCAUUGGGAGGUUGAUGUUCAAUUGGAGUUGUUUCACACAGAUAUAGGCGCAAAUCGUCUAUCUGGUGGUCUUUUCAAGGGAAAGACUCUCUUGUAUUCAGACUUAAAGCAUGUGCUAUUGAGAGUUACUCCCAAAUAUUUACCAGAAGCUGAGGAAAACUUGAUUCUGGUUUCUUCUCAUAUUGACACUGUUUCGACAACGGAAGGAGCUGGAGAUUGCAGUUCAUGUGUGGGAGUCAUGUUAGAGCUUGCACGGGGAGUGGCCCAGUGGGCACAUGGGUUUAAGAGUGGUAUCUUGUUUUUAUUUAAUACUGGAGAAGAAGAGGGUCUUGAUGGCGCCCAUAGUUUUAUAACUCAGCACCACUGGAGAAAUUCAGUAAUAUUUGCGGUUGAUCUGGAAGCUAUGGGUAUCAGUGGGAAAUCCACACUCUUCCAGGGUACUGACCAUUGGGCAUUGGAAAGCUUUGCAGCUGUAGCCAAAUACCCAUCUGCUCAGAUAGCUUCACAGGAUGUUUUUAGUUCUGGCGCAAUAAAAUCUGCUACUGAUUUUCAAAUAUAUGAGGAAGUUGGCCGUCUUCCUGGACUUGAUUUUGCAUAUACCGAUACAACAUCUGUGUAUCAUACGAAGAAUGACAAGAUGGCGCUUCUGAAACCAGGGUCUCUUCAGCAUAUUGGAGAUAACAUGCUUGCUUUCCUACUCCAUUCUGCAGCAUCUCCAAAAUUUUUGAAAGAUGCACAACAAAGGAAGCAAGGAAAGACAGAGCAGGAUAGAGCUGUUUACUUCGAUAUCCUGGGAAAGUACAUGGUGGUCUAUCCGCUGCGACUUGCUACCAUGUUUCACAACUCAAUCAUAUUGCAGUCACUUCUAAUAUGGGGAACAUCAUUGCUUAUGGGUGGACACCCUGCACUGGUGUCCUUUGCAAUAUCAUGUUUGAGCAUCAUUCUAAUGUGGAUAUUUUCUAUCUGCUUACCAGUUGUGGUAGCAUUUGCUCUGCCCUAUAUGUGUCCGUUUCCUAUUCCAUAUGUUGCAAAUCCAUGGUUAACUAUUGGCUUAUUUGGUUCACCUGCACUGCUUGGAGCAUUUAUUGGUCAGCAUAUUGGAUUUAUUCUCCUGAAGAGGCAUCUUCGACGCGUGCAUUCCAAAGCAAAAACAGGCAUAACUCCUAGCAUGAUAGAAAAUGUUACUGACCUGGAAGCUGAGAGGUGGAUUUUUAAAUCUGGUUUUGUCCAGUGGUUAAUAGCUCUGAUACUAGGAACAUAUUUCAAGGUUGGAUCAUCGUAUAUAGCACUCAUCUGGCUUGUUUCUCCUGCUUUUGCAUAUGGUUUUUUGGAAGCUACUCUCUCCCCUGUUCGGCUACCUAAACAGCUUAAGGUUGUCACGUUGGUUGUGGGUUUGGUUGCACCAGUUGUGUCUUCUGCUGGUUUGGCUGUUCGUAUGGCGGAUGUAAUUGUUGGAAGUAUAGUACGUAUUGACAGGAAUCCUGGCGGACUACCAGACUGGCUUGGAAAUGUAAUAGUUUCGGUUGCCAUUGCUGUUGUCGUUUGUUCCACGUUUGUGUAUCUGCUUUCAUACAUUCAUAUCUCAGGUGAUAAAAGAAUUCUGGGUUUGCUAUUAUCCUUAUCCUUUGGUCUUUCAAUUGCUUUGGCAUCAAGUGGCAUUGUGCCAGCAUUUACGGAGGAUGUCGCUCGAUCUGUAAACGUUGUACAUGUCGUCGAUACCACAGGAGUACAUGGCGGGCAUAUAGAACCAGUAUCCUAUAUCUCUUUGUUUUCCAAUACACCUGGAAAGCUGACGAAUGAAUUAGUGGACCUUGGAGGCGAAGAAUUUUCUUGCGGAAGGAACAUGACUACUGACUUGGUAACAUUUACAGUGAAGUAUGGCUGUUGGAGUUACAAAGAGAGCAGUACCGGAUGGAGCAGGUCUGAGGUUCCUGUGCUCCUUGUAGAAAGUGAUUCGGUUAUAGGUGGUGCUCGACAGACAGUAGUAUCAGUGGAUACCAAGUCAUCGACGCGUUGGACGCUUGGAAUCAACAAAGAUGGAAUCGAUGACUUCACAGUUCAAGUGGAUUCGGAGAAGAUAGUCCUACCUGGUGAUAAGAGCGAGAUAGAUGGGUGGCAUACAAUCCAGUUUGCAGGGGGCAAGAACUCGCCGACGAAGUUCCAGCUGACGCUAUACUGGUCGUCUAGCAAACCAUCUGAGAGAGAAGCUAAACAAGCAGCGGACGCUCCUUUGCUGGUGAAACUAAGAACAGAUGUGAAUAGAGUCACACCGCAGGUGGCAAGGGUGGUGGAGAAGCUGCCACGGUGGUGCACGCCCUUCGGCAAGUCCACCUCUCCGUACACGCUAGCUUUCUUGACGGCCCUCCGUGUCGAUAUUUAGUCAGUCAGCAGCAUUUGUUUCCCAUACAUAGGCGUCCAGUCCAGCACCUUUCGUUUUGAACUGUAUUUUAGUUUGAUAGUAGCAAGUUAUAGGCCCAUAGAAUUGUACACAAAAGCUGCCAAG